AUGAACACUGAUUUUGAAAUGAAUGAAUUAAGCCUCCAACUAGAGGAAGAGGAACAAAUUACCGAGAUUUAUGCUAGCAUGAUGUCUAUGAUGCGAUCUAAAUGGGUAACCACUAUGCCUUCCUCAUACGCUAUGGAUCUCGAUGAAGAAGUUAAUGAAGAACUGGGAGUUCUUGACUCAGAAGAGAAUAACUAUAACGAAGAUAAUAGUGAAAAUGAGAAUGAAAGUAACGAUGAACUAGUAAAGCCCCCUGUCGAAGUAUUUGCUAAGAAACUUGCCAGCAGCAAUAAAGAAAAAGAGAAAACUUUGAAAUACAGAAAGAAUAUGGUUCCUGUAAAAGACGCAGCUUUACGAACUGGUAUCCUUUUAAGUUCAUGUUGUGAUUUAGGCCCUAACCAUUUUUCCACUUACUGUAACUUUACUGAUGGCAUCACUUCUCCUGGUUCUAUCUCAUCUAUUACUUUUCAAAGAGGAAUGUCUCAGUUCUGUAUUGACUAUAUCUUUGUCACCUCUGAUCUCUCCUCUUCUAUUACUUACAAUAAAUUCUCAACGACCUACAUUAAUCCGGCCUGGCCAGAUCAUUUUCUUUUAUCUAGUCAUCUUCAUCUUCAGGCUCCCAUUUCUACCUCUUCGGCUUCUGCUAUUGGUAAAGGCCUAUGGAGGGCUCACCCGAAACUCGCUAAAAACUCUGCUUUUAAAAAAAGGUUACGGGUUGCUCUUGCUAAAUGCGUUCAAUCGCUUGAUUCUACUCUUACCGCCGCUGAGAAAUGGGAACGUCUUAAACAAUGCACUGCUAAUGUUUGUCGCUCAUUUUAUCGCCGUUAA